UAAAUAUACCUUUUUAUGAGCUCUACCUUUGGACUUCUGUUGUUCAUUUUAUCCAGAUAUGCAGGUUGCUUUCCUGUGUAAUUGUGACAGCUUUCAUUCCUGACUUCCUUACUAGCAGGCUAUAGUUACAGAGGGGUAGUGAAUAAAACAAAAGACGAAUGUGAUCGUAAAGUGAUUUUCUCCCAUCUUAUUUUAGGAAUGUGAUUGUUGCUUUUGGUUCCGUUCUUAUUUUGAACUGUAGAGCUUUCUUAAAGAAACCAGAGGAACCUGCUCGGAGACAUUGAGUUCUCAGCAAUGAACAGAAACUACCAACAUGCCAGGAAUCCAAGCUAUGGAGACAGUUCUCUGCAAAAUGGGUAUAUGGAUGAAUCCCCCAUGAAAAGAUCUAACAGCAUGCCCAGACCAAGUGGAAAAUCUAUAUACAAACAAAGGAAGGAGUAUGCACAGUCAAUUUCCAAGAUGAAUGACUUCCUGGAAUACAGAGUAGAGCAUCUGUUGACAUGUGAUCUUGAUGCCAGAGAAGUGCAGACACUUGACGAUUGCCUUGCAAGGCUUAAGAUGCUUGAUGCCAAAGGUCGAGUGUGGGGACAAGACAUGAUAAUUCAAUUCCAGGGCAACACCUUGCUGCUAGUGGAUAUUGAGACCAAGGAAGAGCUGGAGUGCAUUCCCAUUGACACCAUAGUGGAAAGUCAGCCUAUGCUGAACAGCUGUAUCUAUAAUUCUAUCCUCACACUCACUGUCAAGGACAGGAACAGAAGGAAAGCCAGUGUCUUUAUGUUCCAGUGUGAGGAAGUUGGGGCCGAGCUGAUUCAUACAGAGGUUGGAAACGUUAUCAGAAAUAGAAAAGAAGGAAGAGGGGAUCCAGAUGUUCUCAGGUCAAACCUGGAGAAUAUGCUGUCCCAUCCAGGAAGAGGACCACUGCUAUCUAAACCCCCUCCACAAACAGAGGAACGAUGGAAUGAUUAUGACCAGACAGCACCAGCACCAGUACAGCCACAAACAAGGGACUGGCCAGCAAAAGAGUCAUCUCCAUGGAAUUCUUCACAUUUUGGUAUGCUCAUAUGA